AUGCACGCCACAACCCUCCUCACGACCGCGGCUCUUGCCAUUGGAGCCUCUGCUCAGCAAAGCUACAAGGCUUCCUUCACCCAGUAUGGCUCCGGCGACCAGAACAACUCUGGCAAUUGCAACGUGAAGACCACUGCGUGUGGCUACUACACUCAGCCCGGCUACUCUGCUGCCAUCUCGCAGAACGAGUUCGGUGCCGGACCUGGUCAAGGAGCUGGUCCUGGUUGUGGGACUUGCUGGAAGUUGACCAUUGAAACCAACUCCUCUGGCCAAAAGGUCUCGAACGCAGGUAACAGCAUCGUCGUGAAAGUCACCAACCUUUGCCCAGCCCAAGGCAACCCCCUCUGUGCCCAGAACGGCCUUUCCGGCACGAACCAGUACGGAGCCAACCUAAACUUCGACACUUGCAUCGACUCUGGUGCGUCGAAAGCACUAUUCGGCAGUUCGGGCGUCGGUCUAGGAGUGGGAACUGCUGUAGAGGUCAACUGUAACCAGUGGAGUGGAACUGUUGUUCAUUAG